CCCGGCUUCGAACAUCACCACUCCUACAAAACAACCUCUGCAAUUGCAAUUGAAUUUCUACACACCCCGUCACAAUGGCCAGAAGAAGAAUGAAGAAGAGAACCCACAUGGGUGCCAACAACCCGGAGCCCAAUGCCCCAGCUCAUGCGUCCGCAAAGGAUCCCAAGAGCAUGGUUAUUCGCAUUGGCGCUGGUGAGGUUGGUUCCAGCAUCAGCCAGCUUGCUACCGAUGUGCGAAGAGUCAUGGAGCCCGGAACGGCCAGUCGUCUUCGCGAGCGCCGCGCAAACCGUCUGCGAGACUACGUCGUCAUGUGUGGUCCUCUCGGCGUCACCCAUCUCGUCCUCUUUUCCCGAUCCGAGAGCGGCAACACAAACAUGCGAUUGGCCUUGACGCCUAGAGGCCCUACCAUGCACUUCCGUGUCGACAAGUACUCGCUCUGCAAGGAUGUGCAGCGAGUGCAGAAGCACCCCAAGGGCAUGGGCAAGGAGUUUCUGACAGCUCCGUUGCUUGUCAUGAACAACAUGUCUUCCCCCGACGCCGACAGCAACUCGGCCGUCCCCAAGCACCUCGAGUCCCUCGCAACCACCGUCUUCCGAUCCCUCUUCCCCCCCAUUAACCCACAAGCCACCCCGCUCAAGUCGAUUCGCCGCGUCGUCCUCAUUAACCGCGAACAAGAGGAGGACGGCACGUUUAUCCUCAACUUCCGCCACUACGCCAUCACAACCAAGCUCGCCGGUGUCUCCAAGCAGCUGCGCCGCAUCAAUGCCGCCGAGAAGCUGGUCACCACCAAGACGAGCCGCCACGGCCAGAUGCCCAACCUGGGCAAGCUGCAAGAUAUCUCUGAUUACAUGAUUGGCGGCGAAGGAGGCGACGGCUACAUGACGGAUGCUACCAGCGGCAGUGAAGCCGACACGGAUGCUGAAGUCGAGGUCGUGGAUAACGCUCCCCGCAAAGUCAUGUCGACCAAGGCUCGUCUUGCUGCAGAGCUCAAUGCCGCGUCUGCCGGCCCCGAAGAAGCCACCACAGAGGAGAAUGUGGAGCGCCGUGCUGUCAAGCUCGUUGAGUUGGGUCCUCGUAUGCGCCUGCGUCUAACAAAGGUCGAAGAGGGCAUGUGCGGCGGCAAGAUUAUGUGGCACGAGUACGUCAAGAAGACCAACGCCGAGGUCAAGGAGCUCGAGAAGCGCUGGCAGCAGCGCCGCCAAGAAAAGGAUGCCCGCAAGAGAGAGCAAAAGGCCAAUGUGGAGAGGAAGAAGGCCGAGAAGGAGGCUCGCAAGGGCCGCGGCAAGGCUGGCGAGGACGAGGAGGACGAUGACGAUGAAGAUAUGGAGGACUACAGCGACUACGAGGACUACAACCACGUGGCUGCUAGCCGCAAGAAGGAGGAUGAGGAAGAAGAAGAUGAGGAAUGGGAGGAUGAAGAGUAAAAAGAGCAUAAAGGACAGCGGCAAAAGGGAGGGAUUUGCAUUUCUGGUGCACAUAUAUUGGCGUUUACUGGGUGCUUUUGUUUUACUUUGUAAGAGUGUAUUUGACGACGCGGGUCUAGAGCAAUUGGGCUGCCCUAUAUAUUUCCAAUGCAUCUUGGGCUCAAAAUUCAACUACUUUAUUUACUUUCAAUUAGCUUAUCUGCAUUCAAUUACUGUUAUUGCAAAUAUAUAAAAAAUGAC